AUUGGUCUUGGGGGGGCUUGGAUUGGUCUGCCCUGGGGAGGGGGGCUUUGCCAGGAGGGAAGAGCCACAACAUUUAGGGAAGCGGAAGGGAGAAUUUUGGGGAUCAUCUCGAGGGGUCUUCAUAUUGUUCCGAGCGGCUUUUCUCGGUCUUAGUCAUUCUGAGAGGUCGGGAACUCCAACUCCCAGAGUUCCCAGCCAGCAUGCUUUGGGACAGGAUUGUUAGUUUUGUUUGUUUGUUUGUUCGUUUGUUUUUGCAAACUCGGGCAACCUUCAGACGUGCAACUGCUAAGAAUUCCCCAACUGGGAUGCUGGAAACUCUUUUCACUACUUAACUAGUUUGGAAUUCACAAACUUCCCCAUCUUUUGGAAAGAGGUUGCUGUACAACAUGAGGCUGAAUGAAAAGCUGAUCAGGCCCUUCCAAGCUCCUGCCACAGUCCGAAACUUCUCAGGUAGUCAAGUGUUUUUGUUCCAAAGCAGCAGACAAUCCGAUUCGGAGGACUCAUCAGAGGAAGAGUUCAACGCCACGGAAUUACGCGCAAGGGGGAAAGACCCCCAACCCUCCAGCUCUUCCCAGAGUAGAGUUGGGGACGUGCAGCUUCUAGAACGGGUCGUUAAAAAAGACGACAACCUCAACAAGUUGGCUCUGCAGUACGGGUGCAAAGUUGAAGAUAUCAAGAGGGUUAAUAAUUUUAUCCAAGAACAAGACUUCUACGCCCUGAAAUCCAUCAAGAUUCCGGUCAAGGUUAAUGGACUACUGACGGAGACCAGCGAUGAUUUGCUACCCCUUCAGACUCCUGGUCUGCUACUGGAACACUCUGUAUCCAUAGAUCCAGAAAACAGGAGCGGCGACCGUGCACAAAUUGACCAAUAUUUCAGAGGGAUUGACCAAAACAUUGAAACAGUGACACAGAUAGAAAUCCCUUCUUGCACAGAUCCUUUCGUCGAACCUUCGAACUGGUCAUCUCGGGAGCAGAAAGCAACCUGCACCGGAGCAGAUUAUGGGAUCCAGUGGUGGAAAGCAGUCUUGCUUAUGCUCCUGAUAGGAAUUGUUUUACCUGUUUUUUACAUUGUCUAUUUUAAGACCCAGCAAGUAGAUGUGGUUCCUGGUACCUCCAACACGACAGACUCUGUUAAAAUCUCAGUGAACGGUUCUUCGGUGGGAAGGCUAAACUAUGCUGGGCAAGAAAGCAGCCCCACUGUCCAUACUACUAAACAAGGUUUCAUCCCAUCAGGAGAGUGACAUGAUCUGGGCUGCUCCCCUUGCCCCAAAGGAUCUGGAAGUAACAACAGAUUCUGGGUCCCCCCCCCCACACACACACCAACCCCAAGUACAGUAUUGAUCAGUGGAGCAUAUCUUUGCUGUUUGUGGUUACUAAUGAAUUUUUGAGCGAAGACCAGGCAGGGGAACAACAGGGCAAAAUGAGUCAUGGAAGAUAGUUAACCAAUGGGGAGUCUGCUCCCACUGUGUAGGAAGGGCUGUUUUUUAAUACCAAAAAUGAGGACCGAAUCCCAACCUGCUGCGACGUCCUACAAAUGCCCAGGUUUUCUUCACUCUAGACCUCAGCUUCCAAAAAACCCAUUUUUUUAAACUUUCCUCGGUCCCGUUUCCCUUUUUUACUGUUAAAACACAUUUCUCCAUAAUUUUUUUUUCCCAGCAAACGCAGCUUGGGUGAUAUCCCUAUUCCGUUUGCAGGAUUUUGUGAGGCCUGAAAUAAAGAUGCGCCCAGAUAAUCCAGCAAAAGCGAGAACAAUACAUGUUUAACAAAACGAUGAAAAGCCAUGUUUGAGAUCUGCAAAUUAGGAUUUGGGGGUUGGGGGGGGAGUGUUGUUUACAUACCUAAUUUUUCUUUUGCAAGUUGUGGAUAUAUACCUAAUAUGAACUUUGUGGCCAAGGAAGCUACAGGUCUAUUUUGACAUUUAUUGGCCUCAACUGGAGGUUUGUUUUUUUUUCUUCUGUUUUUAACGUGCACGUUUUAAUGCUCAUUUAUGUUAAGUCUCUCAUCAACCAGCAUCUCACUUAUAGAUGAGUGGAUGUGUAUAACUGGCCAGAAAACUUUCUCUUAAUUUUUUUCACUGGGAUACAGGAAGUCCUUGACUUACAACAGUUUGUUUAGUGCAAGGGUCUGCAACCUUAAACACUCGGAGCCAUUUGGACUCGUUUCCCACAGGAAAAAAAACACCGGGAGCCACAAAACCCUUCCUGUGCCUUACUUCUUCUUGAGCGGCCACAAAACUAGCAUAUGUAGUUGAAUUAAAUGUUCCGUUUUCUUCUGAAACUUUUCUUUUCUUGGAUUUAUCCAUGGUUGGCCUACCGGGGGUUGAAAAGUUCAGUAAAUCCAUGCCGGUGGAUGUCACACCUUGGUGAUUGUAAUGCAUAUUUUGAGUGACAGGGAGCCACAACUGAGGGGUAAAAGAGCCACAUGUGGCUCCAGAGCUGCAGGCUGCUGAUCCCUGGUUUAGUGACUGUUACAACAGCACUGAAAAAAAAGUAGUUUAUGACCAUUUUUCACGCUUGUGACUGUUCAAGUAUUCCCAUAGUAAUGUGAUCAAAAUUAAAAUGCUUGGUAAUCAAUUAUUUGACUAAACCUGAUUAGCUUCAGUAAAGACACAGCCAGUAAAGGGCUUAUAUGGAUAACUUUUGUCUUGGGCCUUGGGCAAUUGUUCUAAAAUGCUAGUUUCCCUCCCUCUCUUUCAUUGUUUGAUUAGCGGUUAAUCUAAUCUCAGAAUUAGAUGAAAUACGCAAGAGCAAAAAACCAGCAGUGGGAUAAUUGGACUUCCCUCAUUGCUCUCUAUAAAGUAUUAAUCAUCAAUAACAUAACAGGGUGCCAAAGUUUAUAAUUCUGUGGUGCAGCAGAUUCCUGAUCUAGAACAUUCCUGUUCAUUGAUGUUAAUGCAAUCCAGUUAACCAAUCUUGACUAAUGCAAGCAAAUAGUGCUAUGAUCCCAAAUCAUGUACCAUAUCUUCCAUUAUGUUAUCUUGUCAAAAGUAAGACAUGAAAUGUUUAAUGGACUUAACUGCAUUACUGAAAUUCUUUUAACAUGUAUUGGGCCAGGAGAAAAUUUUGUCGGAAAUGGGAGCAUCUUGAAUAUGGGGAAACAGAAAAGAGCUUGUCCCUCUUCACUCUUCCUAUGCAAAACUGCCUUUUUUCCCCCACCUUGUCCUCCAUUGCUGUAAUUAAAAAAUAAAUAAAAAGUAUUUCCCUCUUCUAAAACUCAAAUACUGUAAUUAAAAAGACCUAAGCAAACCCAA